GAAUGCAUUCGAUCGAUGUGCGUUCGACACAACAAGCAAACGCACGUUUGCAGCUGCUGAAUGUGCAGUGCACAAUGCAUGUCAGUUGUAGAUUUUGAUUCAGUGAUUAUCACAAAUGUAUCAACAUUGCAAGCGAUAAGAUUUAAGUUUUCAUUGCCGCCGACGGGAAAUUUGACGGGAACCAUGAUCGUUGCAACUGGGAGUAACCUCUCCAGAGAAGAUACUAGCGAAAGGCUGCGGCAAUAUCUUCUCACGAAAUCCGAAUCCAGCCUACAGGAGAAUUCACAAAACCCUUCCAGCGUUACCUCCGUCUGUGGCCACAAUCAAGAAUAUAAUAGACCAAAUGCAACCAGCUUUGCAGGAAAAGUAAAUUCACCAAAACGGCAGAUGCAACAGCUGGAAAGACAAACGGUUGUUUGUACAGACGAUGUGAUAGCAGAACAGAGGAGACUUAAAGCGACAGAUUCAGCCGUUUGUGGGAAUCCUCCAGAGCCCCACGUCACUCUCUCCGUCAAAGUAGCAGAAGGUGGUGUGCUGUCCAUCGCUGAGCAUGAUCGACAAAAUCGGCCACAAUGCGGCAGGAUGACAGAAAGUUAUGUAGCCGAACCACUAAAGAGAAGCCACCGUUUAGAUGAAAGGGCUGGCGUAGGCCACGUUACACGAACCUCGGCGCGAAGUAGGUCUGCCAAGAUUCCACGGAAAAUACCUGGCUCCGAACCAGGUUGUCCCCGCGGUUAUCGCACAGUGCACUUCACGCUGUGCGUUGCCAACUUGAUGAAAGUAAGCGACCACGUUGAUGGAACUAGCCAGGUGGAGCUCAGGCCCUUGCGCUUGGGCCCCGAUCCAAGGCUACCACCGCUCUACGGGUGCAUUGACGGCAAGGGAGAGCUGCAACUCUCAAUGGGUGGCUACAACCAGAAUGCGCUUGGCAGAAUGGCGAGUUUGGUGGCAGCGAUGGGAUUGGAGGAAAAGCCCGGCGAUCCCGCGGAACCUACAGCGAAACGAGUCGUACUGAACGGAAAGACGUGGCCAACCUUUCCAGUUUCUGUGACCAUUCUCGACAAUGAACGCCAUCCUCAAAACCAAAUUCAUCAUAGGAUCCAAUUAACAGCCACUGUUGCUCCAUCCGCGCCUAGCUCCAUUCUCUCUUAUGGGAUGUCCACUGUACACCCUCACACUGUUCCUAACUACUCGUCGCCGCCAGUUGAAGCGCUGCCUCUCUGUCAGAAUCCAGUCAUCAGACCUGUUACAUCCAGCGUGGGUGUUCUGGUAUCGGGCCGAGAGACAAAGCCGCCAUACCUUGGAAUCGGCUCCACGGCGAGAUACAGAUGCAUGCCAUUGAAGGACAAAACCGCGGUCCUGAUGGCAGACAAUGAGAACAACAGCGCAUCUAGUUCAACGGGGAACGGCACACAGGAUGAAAACCUCGCCGGGACUCCCAAGCUGCAACGGACCAGCCACUACGGGUCGACGGAUUCCAUCUGCAGCAUCGACACUACAAGCGGCCGGCUCUACAUCGCCGAUCACACGAACACUCCACCGCCGAUGUCACCACCAGUCACGACCCAGCGGACUACGGUGCCUGGAGAAGUAUCACAACCGGAAUCCUCAGCGUUCCAGAUUGAUUGCGCCCACAACGGGUCUAAAGAGUCUAGCGAACGCGAAGUGAGAGUCCCCAGUCCCCAACGAUGCGUCAGUUCUCCAAAACAAGAGUUGCUGGAGGAUUCCGCGUUCCUCAACACCGCACCGGUCGAUGCUGACGAUGAGUCCCAGGAAGUUGACGACCCGGGCACACGGGAAGGCGCGCAUACCGCCUCCCAGGACUCAGUACUCGACGCCCAGGCGGAGGGAGUCGCUAACUUUUUGUCUUAUCUGCAAGAGAUGAACAAGCUGAUGGAAUCGGUGCUCGAUAAAGGUCAAGUCGAGACUCCAACGGUGGAAGAAACAAACAAAUGAUUUUACCAAUAUAGAGCGUACAAAUAUCGCCACGUCCCAGAGCUCACGUUUUAUGUAUUACCACAUGGUGUCACUAGGUUAAACCUUUCUUUUAUUAAUGCUCUAGAUAUAAAAUUCACUUUUAUUCCAGUAUUUUUUGCCAUCUCUUUGCUGUCUGUGGACUUGCAAUUUGUCGGCCUAUGUCAGCCUAUAUGUAAUUUCAAUAAUUUGGCAAUUUCUUAGAUUCUUCUCAAAGUUUUAUUGUUAAAACCUGUAUAUUUUUUUAAAUAGCAAUACUGUUUCUUUCUACUCAAGUUUUCCUUAAAAGUGUCUGUGAGCUAAAUCUAUAUUUCAGGAUGGAUGAUAGAUUUCUUUUGUCUGGGAUACACAUUGUAACUUGGGUUUGUUUAUUAAAAAAUAUUCAUUUACAGUAAAAAAUUAAAUGUUAUAUAUCAUAUAAUAAAACUUGCAAGAUGAAUU